AUGUCCUCUCGAUCCAAGAUCAUUACAUUCCAAGGACACAAGAACUUCCGGAACCGUUUAGUGUUUGCUACACUUAGUGGAAAAACAAUAAAAAUUGAAAAAAUCAGAUCUGAUGACCUCAACCCUGGUCUUAAAGACUACGAAAUCUCGCUUCUUAGAUUAAUAGAAAAUGUCACAAAUGGAUCUGUGAUAGAAAUCUCAUAUACUGGUACCACGGUCGUCUACAGGCCCGGUCUCAUAAUAGGCGGUGACUUCGUCCACCAGUGUCCAGAUGGGGUAGCAUGUGGAUAUUUUAUCGAGCCAAUGUUAUGUCUUGCACCAUUUUCCAAGAACAAAUUUUCAAUUUUAUUCAAGGGACUUACUGCUUCCAAGGAGCAUGUUGGCGUGGAUUUCAUUAAAUGGGGACUUCUGCCGGUGAUGGAAAAAUUUGGAGUUCGUGAAGUUGAACUACACACUCUCAAACGUGGCUCCCCUCCGCUGGGAGGUGGUGAAGUCCAUUUAAUUGUCAAUUCGCUCAUUCCGCAACCUGUCACCAUUCAUGUCCUUGAUUAUCAGAAAAUAUCAGCAAUUAGAGGCAUUGCUUAUUGCACGAGAGUCUCGCCGUCUGUGGCUAAUAGACUGGUAGAUUCCGCUCGAAGUGUGCUCAAGGCCACAGGUUGCGAGGUGAAUAUUACCACAGAUGUUUGCCGUGGUGAGAUCGCGGGGAAAUCGCCGGGAUUCGGACUCACUUUGUUCACCGAGUCCAAAAAGAUACCUUUCAGAUAUGUGGUGGAGGAUAUAGGCACUGGAGGCGAAACACCAGAGGAUGUUGGAGAACGUGUUGCAUUGAGUUUACUGGAACAAAUUGAUACCAGCGGAUGCCUAGGACGGAAUCAGCUUGAGUUGGCCUUUCUGUACAUGGUCAUUGGUAAGGAGGAUAUUGGACGAUUACUCAUAAACAAAGCUCAAUUCGACGAGCAACUGGUCGUUUUCUUGAGAGACAUCAAAACGGUCUUUGGUACCCAAUUUUAUUUCAAACAAAGCGACGAGUUCCAAAAUUCCAUGUACGCAACCGUCAAAGGUACCGGUUUCAUAAACGCAUCCAAGAAGAUCGCAUAA